UGGCGAAAACAUUUUUGCCGCACUACCAGCGUCCUAUAUUUUUGUCCCUCUUUCUCUUGAUGAAAUGUUGGGAGGUAUGGUUAAGCUGAUAUUUGUUCUUUUUUAUAGAUCGGCUGCUCUUGCUGGUAUCUUAUAUAAUUUACAUUUGUUGGUAUUGUGACUAGGUUUGCAAGUAACUUACCAACAUAAUUGAGUAAUAUUGUUUUGUUGUUGUUAUUGUAUUGGCAAUGGAUAAUAAAGUUUUGUGUUCAAACCUGAAGCUUGAUUGGUUAGGAGCCUGUCUCUUAGCAACUGAGAAACACUGUGAGGUUAGGGAUGGCGGCUGUACUGGAGAUGGAAGCCGAGGAGUAUUUGCAGGAGAAUCGCAUCCCUGAGCUGAUAAACAACCUGACCAGUCUUCUACUCUAUCAUCGGCCUGAAAGGCCCAGAGAAUUCCUGAUUAAACAACUAGAAAAGCUGAAAUAUGCCAGGCUGUCAGAUGUGGAUUAUCCUUGCCUUUUUGAUGACUCUAACUUGGAUGCCAUAUUUGGGAUUCUUGAUCCAGCAGGACAAGGAUAUAUAACUGGAACCCAGUAUAUGGAAGCUUUAAAAACUUUGGGCAUUGAUGUUAGAAAUGUGGAAGAACCUGGAGGGAAAAUUACACUGGAGCUUUUUAAACAUGGCAUGAGGAUCCAAUUGAAAUCUGCUUGCGCAACAUUUAAAUCUUAGCAUCUUUACUAUAUAGCUUUCAGUUUGUUUACUUGUAUUUUUGCGAUUUGUGUCUAUGUAUUUUGUUAAAGAUAACAUUCAGCAAUUAAACCUUAAAAGAAUUUAUUAUUAUUAUUUUGCAAAAUAAAAAAAAGAUGAUUUUAACAAUAUGA